AUGGUGGGUGUUCCUCUCCGUCUGGACAGGGCCGAGUCAGAGCUCUCAGAGGUCAAAUCGCAGACCAAGGAGAUACUCGCCAGAUUAAAUCGCAGCUCGGAGCAACAAGCCAGUAUAUCUUCAGGGCACUACAGUCUACAUUACAUUAUCCAGGAUGACAUCUGCUUCCUGUGCAUCGCAGACCAGUCGUACCCCCGCAAACUCGCCUUCACAUAUCUCUCAGAUAUCGCGGCAGAGUUCUUCACCACCUAUUCGCCAACACAGUAUCUCUCCUCUAACUUACGGCCAUACGCCUUUGUCGAGUUCGAUUCAUUUAUCCAGCGCACCAAGAAGACGUAUCAAGAUAGCCGGGCGUCGCAGAACAUCGAUAAGCUGAAUGAUGAGCUCAAGGAUGUGACCAAGGUUAUGACGAAGAAUAUAGAAGAUCUCUUAUAUCGGGGUGACAGCUUGGAGCGCAUGGGAGAAAUGUCGGGGAGGCUGCGGGAGGACAGUAAGAAAUACCGGAAGGCGGCUGUUCGAAUAAACUGGGAGUUGCUGCUCAAACAGUAUGGUCCGUUUGCGGGAGUUGGUUUUAUCUUUAUCGUUCUCAUCUGGUGGCGGUUCUUCUAG